AUGAGGAAGGAUCCCUACCGACACAUCGUCACAUUCAUGCGUUAUGAACAUGGAUCGUGGGCAGCGGAAAACGGAGUGACUCGGUACGAGCUCGUCCGGGACUCAGAGCGAGGAAACGCCUCGAUCAGGAUAAAGCAGCUGAGUGUGGAGGACAGUCACAGCUACCUGUGUCUGGCUGAGUUCAGGAAAAUGAACCAUGAUUAUUCAUCCUAUGGAGACCACGUCAAACCCCCAUUUAUCCAUGUGUUCCAGAGUGAGAUCCAGCUGCAGGUCAGACCAGCUCCCGGCGAGAGUGUCUCUGUGAUGACUGGAACCGAGGGAGCUUCGGCCACGUUACCCUGUGAGUUCACACGGUCUCCGCAGAGCCUCACCGCACACACGGUGACGUGGAUGAGGAAGGAUCCCUACCGACACAUCGUCACAUUCAGGCGUUAUGAAAAUGGAUCGUGGGCAGCGGAAAACGGAGUGACUCGGUACGAGCUCGUCCGGGACCCAGAGCGGGGAAACGCUUUCAUCAGGAUAAAGCAGCUGAGUAUGAAUGACAGUCACAGCUACCUGUGUCUGGCUGCCUUCAGGAAAAAGAGCCAUAAUUAUUCAUCCUACAGAGACCACGUCAAACCCCCAUUUAUCCAUGUGUUCCAGAGUGAGAUCCAGCUGCAGGUCAGACCAGCAAACUCCAACUCUCACAUUUAUGUGCUGCUCGUUCUGGUUCCCCUGUUCCUGGUCUGUGUCCUUGCAGCCUCCUGGAAGAAGAAAGUUCACCUCUGGCUGAUGGGUCGCAUCAGAGGUACUAAAAGGAAUGUUCCACGUUUGACCCAAUCGGAGCAGGAACAGAAGCCGCCUGAGUCAGUGCACGACAGCAGCCCGUUGUACGACAACAUCAUCCCGAGCAGCAACAACAAAGUGCAAGACAGCAGCCCGGUGUACGACAACAUCGUCCCAAGCAGCAACAAAAAAGAGCAGCCAGAUUCCUGCACUUAUGCCAGUAUUUUGUUUGGAGGUGAGAAGGCAAGCAAACCUCAAGCUAAAGAUCAAGGUGGGCAGAAGCAGGAAGCUGGACCUGCAGAGGUGAUCUACGCGGCGGUGGUGAAGAAACACAGCUGGAGACUAGCCAGACUCCUGAUCUUAGCCCGGUUGUCUUCGUUGGCCAUGGAGAACGACGCUUUGAUAACCCUGUCCUCCGAGAGCUCCAACGCCAGCAUCUUCCUGAUCACGGCUGUCGGAAUCAGUACCUCGAGCUUCGUCUUUGUCUCCGAUAUUGGCAGUACACACCAUGACACUUAUCUACCAGCAUCACUGAAGGACAUCUUGGACAAGUCCCUCAUUCGGGACUUCCAGCGGACACAGUUGGCCACACUGCCAUGGAAUCCAGUCCACAGGGGCUGCGCAAGGCCGCACCCCAAAGAUACACGUCUCCCAGGCCACCCCGGAGAUAUCAAAAAUGGGCAGUCAGCAAGCUCUGGGAGCGGGAACCCACUGCUGUGA